AUGGACAUGUAUGUGCACAACUACUACUCAGUUGAGAAGUUCCAGGCUGCAUACCGUGGGAUCAUUCCCAGCAUAAUAGAUAGAGGACAAUGGCCAAAGGUGGACAAGAGCUUCAAGUUGUUCCCACCAAAUAUGAAGAAGAGAGACCCAGGCAAACAGAAGAAGAAAAGGCAUCUGACUCCAUCUGAGAGAAGUGGUAAAGCAACAAGACAGGUCAAAUGCCCUAGAUGUGGUGAGUAUGGUCAUAGGAAAAGAACUAAAAAGUCAGCCCCUAAACCUGAAAGGAAGAAGAGCAAGACAGAUCCUACCCCUAGUGGAGGAAAUACAACAAGAACAAGGGCAACAGUGGCUAAAGAAGCAGCAGCUAAGGCAGCAAGGGAGGCUCUGAAAGCUACAACUAAAGCUUUUGCAGUAGCUGAAGUUGUAGCUGCUGCAGAGAGAGAAGUCCUAGAUGUGGCGCAAUUGAGGUUGAGCAUGCACCACCUUCAACCACUGCAGCAACUAGAAGGUAUGCCCUACUUCAAAAUACAUGCUUGGUCAAAACUUACUGUUGCCAUUCUGAUAACAUGUCUUGCAUUCAACAGAAAUCUCUGCUGGGAUCUACAAGUUAUGGAUGAGGUAGAUGAAACAGCAAGUGCAUCUGUGGACCCACCACCUAAGAAAAUGACACCAAGGAAGAAGCAGCUAGCUACAAAGAAGGCUGAUUACAAGCUCAAAGGGUCUAGGACACCAGAGAAUGUGUUCAGAUAUGCACCAUCAUCACAGCAGAAAGAAAUGCAGCUUGCACUUCUUGCUGAACAGGGCUAUCAGAGUGAACUGACCAUGGACAACGAUGAUGAACAAAUUGGAGUUGUUAAAACUCAGGCGAAGUAUUGGGCCAUUUUUAUCUGCUGGCUUCUCGGAAAUGGAUGUCUAUUUGGGUUCAAUGGGAUGCUUACAAUUGAAGAUUACUACGUGUACCUCUUCCCGAAGUACCAUCCAACAAGAGUUAUUACUCUCACCUAUCAGCCCUUUGUUCUCGCCACAACCGCCAUAUUCACGUAUCACGAGGCAAAGGUCAAUACUAGGGUGCGCAACUUGGCAGGAUACAUGCUAUUCUUCUUGAGCUCAUUUGGAGUGAUCAUUCUGGAUGUUUUGUCUUCAGGAAGUGGUGGAAUUGCCCCAUUCAUUGGUGUCUGUAUCAUUGCUGCUGCUUUUGGCGUAGCAGACGGUCAUGUUCAAGGCGGAAUGACUGGUGAUCUGUCCCUGAUGUGCCCAGAAUUCGUCCAGUCCUUCUUUGCCGGCAUGGCUGCAUCAGGUGCAAUAACCGCAGCAUUAAGGUUCUUCACAAAAGCGGUUUUUGAGAAUUCCAGAGAUGGCCUGCGGAAAGGAGCUAUGCUGUUCUCUUCGAUCUCAUGCUUCUUUGAGCUUCUAUGCGUUCUACUUUAUGCUUUGGUAUUCCCCAAGUUGCCAAUUGUGAAAUUCUACCGUUCAAAAGCUGCCUCUGAGGGGUCUCAGACAGUCACAGCUGACCUUGCUGCUGGAGGCAUCAAAAGCCUGCCAAAUCCAUUGGCUGAGGAAGAUCGUGUGGUUGAACGGUUGAGCAACAAGCAGUUGCUGCAUCAGAACAUGGACUAUGCUCUGGACAUGUUCCUGAUCUAUGUCCUGACACUGUCGAUUUUCCCAGGGUUUUUGGCGGAAGACACUGGAUCGCACAGCUUGGGUUCUUGGUACGUGCUUGUUUUGAUUGCGAGCUUUAACGUGUCUGACCUGAUCGGAAGAUACUUGCCUCUGAUCGAGCAAAUCAAGCUGACAUCCAGGACGGGGCUACUAAUCGCAGUCAUCACUAGAUUCCUGCUCGUCCCCGCGUUCUACUUCACAGCAAAGUACGGUGACCAGGGCUGGAUGAUCAUGUUAACGUCACUCCUUGGACUGAGCAACGGCCAUCUCACCGUCUCCGUCCUCACCGAGGCACCCAAAGGCUAUAAGGGACCAGAACAAAAUGCUCUGGGGAACCUGCUAGUGCUUUUCCUCUUGGCAGGCAUAUUUGUUGGCGCUGUUUCUGAUUGGUUGUGGCUCAUAGGGAAAGGGUGGUGA